AUGCGAGCUUCAGAGUAUAGAAACACAGGAAAGGCAGAACCUUUCUACAGGCUAUCAGUGCCGAGGCAGAAGAGCAGUUCUGAGAUUGUAAGUGAAGCCAGAAACGCUCUACGGACGCUAGGAACUCGGAGACCACUUACACCUGCGGAGGACCGAAGGAGGCUUUUUGGAUCCACAUCUUCACGACCUCCUCAGAACAGACCCCCUUCGGUUUUCAGUCUUCAUGCAUCCAGUUUUGAUUUGGCUGAAUCAAGACCACUGUCUGGUGUUCGUCUUUGCCCAUUGGACCAUAAACCAGUGCUACCUGCCUCUGCAGAAGAUGGAGACUCUCCCAUUUCCAUUCCCAAGCCUCCUGCUGAUGCUGCAGAGGUUAGGAAAGUCAGCAGGGCUCGGGCACGCUUGUUUAGAAGAACUCAGCAAAGUUUCCUUCCUGCUGAAGUGCUCCCUCCUGAUCAGAAUCAAGAGAAGCUGGAAUCUGAAGAGCCAGCUGCGAUGAGUAAUCUCUGCAGAAGUCAUAAGAACUGCUUAGCAGAGCAAAGGUCAUCCACAGCAUUCCAUGAUGAAAGCAGACAAUUAAUUUGUAAUGAGCAUAUCAGCAGAUCAGAGAGGGAGGACUUUCUGAAAGGGACAGCAGGAAAAGGUUCAUUUCAGCUGAGAGGAGAAAGCAGGAGUGUCAACAGGGAUGGCAGAUUUGCUGAUGAAGAGCAACAGUUUCCCUGUGACCCAGGGACAAAGCCUGGCACAAACUCAUCGUGGCCAAGGAGUACAGGCUGCAAGGGACCAGAAACAGUGUACUUUGGAGGGUUGGAGGGCAAAACAAGAAUAAAUGAAUGGGAAGAGGAAGAAAUCUUUUGGCAUAUGAAGAUUCUACCAAUUCUGCAUGAACUGGACAAUGAAGACAACAUAGAAAACCUUUGUCUUGCUUGCACCAAGCUCUAUCAAGCCUUGAGUGAAGGAAAGCUGCUUGGACAAAGGUUUGAAGGGAGAAGUAUGCUCCUGAAGAGGUGUUACAAACUUGUAGACAUUGACUCGGAUCCGCUUCGCCUGAAGCUGGCAAAGAUCAUCCUGGCUAUGAAAGUGGCUGGGAAAAAUCUCCUGAGCGCUUGCAAGCUUGCAUUUCAGAUUUGCAGGAAGGGCCAAAACGAUUCCAUCCUCCAGCAGGAGAGGUUAUUGGACUGUUUGUUGGAGGUCCUGAGAACUGAAGAUCUACAAAAAAACAGUGAAGCCCUCCUGUACUGCAUGGGAGCUAUAAAAUUCAUGUCUGGGAAUGCAAUACUCCUUAAUGAGAUGGUCAACAAAGGAGCUGUUGAAAUGCUGCUGCAGUUAAUGAAGCAGAUUAACAACAUAAAAGACAAUGAGACACACUUCUCCAGCUUGGGCCACCUAUUAGUCCAGCUGACAGCGACUUUGCGCAACUUGGCCGCCUGCCCUGCGGCCAGGCAGCAGCUGCUGGGCGGCGCUGCAGCCUCUGAGCUCAGCGUGGCGCUGGAGCUGCGUGCGGGGGACGGCGAUGUCUGCGCCUACAUCCUCAGGACCUUCAGCAAACUUUCCUCCUGCGAUGACUUCUGUGCAGCUUUAGCAGACUGCUCCAGAUGUUACAACUUAUUCUUGGCCCUACUAAACCACCACCAGAAGCAGCAGGAUUUGGUUGUCCGUGUCCUCUUCGUCCUUGGCAAUUUAACAGCCAAGAAUAACCAGGCCCGUGAGCAGCUCUUUAAAGCAAAAGGAAGUGUUAACACCUUGACAUCACUGUUCCAAACAUACCAUGAACUUGAUGUGAAUGCACAGAAAUGGUGCCAUCAAAGAGAGGGGGAAGGAAGAAGCCACCCAAAGCAUCCUUCAGCAGCAGAAGAUGUGCUGAUAAAACUGAUAAGAGUGUUGGCCAACCUCUCCAUUCAUCCCAGCGCAGGAGCAGCUCUGGCAGCUGCCCAUCCUGUUGUGGAGUUACUUAUAACAGUGCUAGGAUCCAAGUCAAUAGAUGACUGUGAGGAGUUGGUCAUCAGCGCUGCGACGGCGAUCAACAAUUUGUCCUACUACCGACUGAAGAGUUCUGCUGUGCAGGACAGGAAGCUGCACAUUGCUCAAAUGCUCUUAAAGCUGUUGAUGAGCAACAAUCUGGAUGGAGCUGUGGAGGCUGUCAGAGUCUUUGGCAAUCUGUCCCAGCAUCACGAGAUCUGUGACUUCAUCCUACAGAAAAAGGCACACAGGUUCAUGAUUGCUUUGCUUGAUUCCAAGAACCAAGAUGUCUGUUUUGCUGCCUGUGGAGUUCUGCUCAAUCUCACAGCAGAUAAGAACAAAGGAGCUCUUCUGAUGGAAGGAGGAGGAAUUGGGAAGUUAGUUGAGUGUUUACAAGACUUUGGGCCUGCAGACUGGCAGCUGGCUUGUUUGAUAUGCAAAACCCUGUGGAACUACAGUGAAAACAUCACAAGUGCAGCCUCAUGCUUUGGAGAAGAGACCAACAAGUUGCUGGUGCUGCUCACAUCACUCCUAGAUGAAGAGCUAGUGUGGGACUGCAGCCUCGACAGAGAUUUAGAGGACUACCCCAAACUCUAUUGGGAAAGAGAGUUCAAACCUGUGGCAGAAAAACUUCUUCACAGGAUUCAAAGGCAUCACUCCUCCUGACUAAUUUGACACCAUUUCAGUAAGAACAAACUGGAAGUGUUCUAGAAGAAAGCCUGCAGAAGAGUGGGAGUCUCUCUGCUUUUGAAGGCCACACAGUUGCACUGGCCUACCAGGGCUAAAAUGCUUUGAUAGAGCUCAGUGUGGCUGCAGCUAUGGUUUUUAGAAGCAGCUUGAUGAAAGCCACUCAAGAUUCUUACAGAUUAAUGUCUUUUUCUUACUUCUUUUGUCUACCAGUCUGUCUUCACCCUGUUCCCUAAGGCUAAGGGACACUCUGCUCCCAACUCAGGGGCUCUACCAAGAUUUCAAAGGAGAUUUUGGAACAGAACUUAAUAAAACAAGAGAGACCUCUGUGAUUUCCAUGUCAAGCUUAUUUCAGAG